UGAAACUUCACCAGCGCCAUCCGUUCAGUGACAAGCAGGAUGAUAUUGUGGUAUGCUUCAUCCUGAGCCACUCAGCUUUCAGACAUUUUCCUGUGUAUCCAGCACCUGAAGUAGCCCUGUGAAACACCACGAUGACUAAACAGGACAAAUCAACAGAAGGAAAUGAUGGAAGUGAUGACAAUGAAGAAGGCAGUGCCGUUGAGAAUGAAGAAACUGCCAAAGGAACAGAUAAAGGGAGGAAAAGAGCAACACCAAGAACCAGAAGGGCGCAUGCCAGAGGGAGAGACAGGCAUGGUGAUGAGGAGGAUGAGGAUGAUGAAGAUGGGACAAGGAGAACUGGGCAUCGCAGGCACAGAAACCGUAGACGAGGACGAGCAGCUGGAAAUGAGGCCAGUGAUUCUGAUAUGGAACCUGCAAAAGCCAGGAAGAAUCAGGCAAAUCAGAAAUCCAAGGAAGAUGAUGAGGAAGAGGAAGAAGAGAAAGGGGGUAAAGGUGGGAAAGGUAAAAAUGAGAAGAAAGGGGACAAAAAGCCUGAUAAAAAAGGAAAAAAAGAGAAGGCCAACAAGAAGAAAAAGGACAAAAAGAAAUCAGGAUCAGGCUCUGAUUCUGAAUCUGAGGAGGAGCCAAUUACAGAGGAGGAGUUGGCCAAGCUGAAAGAAGAAGUAGAAGAAAAAAAGAAACUCAUUGCCACACUACGAAACAAGCCAUGGAAGAUGAAAAAGAAGCUCUCUGUCCUGAAGGAAGCACAGCUUUUUGUUGAAAAGUUUGAAGGUGCUCUUGGAAAAGGAAAAGGAAAAAAAUUUUAUGCAUACAAAGUGAUGAUGACCAAGAAAUGGAUGAAAUUUCAAAGAGAUUUUGAAAAUUUUAAAACAGCCUGCAUACCCUGGGAAAUGAAAAUUAAGGAGAUUGAAAGUCACUUUGGCUCAUCAGUAGCAUCCUAUUUCAUAUUCUUGCGUUGGAUGUAUGGAAUAAACAUGAUUCUCUUUGGAUUGACUUUUGGUCUUGUAAUGGUGCCUGAGGCUUUGAUGGGUAAGCCAUACGGCUCUUUGCCUAGAAAAACUGUCCCGAGAGCUGAAGAAGCAACUGCUAUGAAUUUUGCUACUCUCUGGGAUUUUAGUGGCCUUGCACAGUAUUCUGUACUUUUUUAUGGUUAUUACAAUAACCAGAGGACAAUUGGGUGGCUCAAGUUCAGGAUGCCUCUUUCAUAUUUCCUUGUUGGAGUUGGGUCUAUUGGCUAUAGCUUUAUGGUUGUCACUCGAACAAUGGCAAAGAAUGCAAAUGACGAUGGUGGUGGAGAUGACACUAGUUUUAAUUUCAGCUGGAAAAUGUUCACAAGCUGGGACUACUUGAUUGGAAAUCCUGAGACAGCAGAUAAUAAGUUUGCCUCCAUCACAACAAGCUUUAAGGAAGCAAUCGUGGAGGAGCAGGAGAGCCGAAAAGAAGAAAAUAUUCAUUUGACUCGAUUCCUACGGGUUCUUGCUAACUUCUUAGCCCUAUGCACACUUGCUGGAAGUGGCUACCUCAUCUAUUUUGUUGUCAGAAGGUCCCAGCAAUUUGCCUUGGAAGGUCUGGAGAACUACGGGUGGUGGGAAAGAAAUGAAGUGAACACAGUUAUGUCACUUUUAGGAAUGUUCUGUCCAACUUUAUUUGAUGUAAUCAGUUCUCUGGAAAAUUACCACCCUCGAAUAGCUCUAAGAUGGCAGCUGGGAAGAAUCUUUGCUCUUUUUCUUGGCAAUCUCUACACUUUCAUUAUCGCCCUAAUGGAUGAAAUCAACCUCAAGUUGGAAGAAGAAAAGAUCGUCAAAUAUAACAUGACAAUAUGGGAAGCCAGUUUGUACAAUGGUACUAUUCCAGAGAAUUCAACUGCUCCUCCAAUACAUGUGGAUCCUGCUGAUGUCCCCAGAGGGCCAUGCUGGGAAACAAUGGUAGGACAGGAAUUUGUGCGCCUGACAGUCUCCGACAUGAUGACAACAUACAUCACAAUUCUAAUCGGCGACUUUUUGAGAGCCGUCUUCGUUAGGUUUUUCAAUUACUGCUGGUGCUGGGACUUAGAGUAUGGAUUUCCAUCAUAUUCUGAGUUUGAUAUAAGUGGAAAUGUGCUGGGAUUGAUCUUUAACCAAGGCAUGAUCUGGAUGGGAUCUUUUUAUGCUCCAUGUCUCCCAGCAAUCAACGUGUUCCGCCUCCACACGUCGAUGUACCUGCAGUGCUGGGCAGUGAUGUGCUGCAAUGUCCCCCAAGAACGGGUCUUCAAGGCUUCCAGAUCCAAUAACUUCUACAUGGCCAUGCUGCUUUUCAUCCUCUUUCUCUCCACACUGCCUGCUGUGUACACCAUUGUCUCCAUCCCACCAUCUUUUGACUGUGGUCCUUUCAGUGGGAAGACUAGAAUGUUUGAAGUCAUAUCAGAAACUCUGGAGCACGACUUUCCUUCCUGGUUUGGGAAGGUAUUUGGUUAUGCCUCUAACCCUGGACUUAUCCUACCCUUUAUACUGCUGAUGGUCCUGAGCAUUUAUUAUCUGAAUGCAACAUCCAAAUCUUACAAGGAAGCUAACUUGGAACUUAAAAAGAAGUUACAAAGUCAAGCAGAAGAAAAUAAAAGAAGAAAUAAACAAAAGGCACAAAAAUCAAAUGAACAAGAGGAAAAUCCAUUUGAGACAGAACCGUCAACAGCAAAGCCAAAAGGAGACAAGCAAGAUGAAUCCACUGCAAACAAAGAUGGCAAGAAAGGACAGGAUGGCAACGAAUCAAAGAAGACAGGCCAGCCACAAGAAGCCAGCUCCUCUCAGACACUCCAGCAUCCUGGCCCUGUCCUGAAUGGCCACUAUCCUCCACAGAGCCGAGGAGGAAACCUUCCUCCACCAUCCAUAGCUGUGACAAGGCCUCCAGGGCCCAGGAGAGUACCAGGCUAUCCACCUGGAAAUCCAUGCCUCCCAGGGAUGCAGCCAGGAAUGCCCAGGGGCCCUCCCAUGUACAGAUAAGAAGCCUUAAGAAUAGUGUAAUGUGACACUGAAGGAUAGAAGUGUGGUUCUAAACCCAAACACACUCCUGUAAGAGCAGAACCUUGACAUGUUUGUUUUAAAUCUUCAUGGGAUAGAAGUAACCCCUGUGCUUCAGUUUUUUGCAGCAUGGGCAACAUGGCAUAUGUUUUCUUGCAUUUGAAGGCAUUGUGAAAAUGUGUUGUCUGCAUCAAUAAAUUGCUAAAAUUACAGAUUUUUAUUGGGGAUACUUAUUAGAAGAGUGGAAAACAAUUUGUAUUCAGUUGACUUUUCUUAAAAGCUUGAAAUUUUGUACCUAAUAUCUUUUCCUUUUCCUUAGAAGAACAUUUUACUCAAAGCACAGCUGUGUAUAAAGUUUAUGAGAAUCAGUUAAACCCUGCAAAUAUCUUGUCCUUUGCUGGUCAAACAUGCUUAGCCAAAGAUUUCAGACUGUACAUGGGGAAACUAGGACCAAAACUAGGAGAAGUUGUAUGAUUCCAUUUAAAGUCUCUGUAAAUGUGUUAUAAAGGAAAAAGAAAAGUAAUAGUUUACCUGUAACUAUGAAGAAAAUUUAACUCCUAUUACACUACCACUUUCAGCUAGUAAUAGUUUUAUCGCAUUCUUAAAGACUAGAAAAAAAAAUUUUAAAAAUCAGAGUGGUAAAGGAAUUAUCUCCAGUGUGGGAAAACAUAUUUGGGGAAUAGAUAUAAGACAAUUAUUGAUUAAUUUUUCCUAAAUGCCUUAAUGGUAUAGAGACACUUAACAUUUCGUAAGAUAUGUACUUCACAAUAUUCUCUGUGAAUUUGUGACUUGUCUUGGUCAUUAUGCAGUCCAAGAUGGAACAGGUUAUUUUUCUGACAAGUCUUGUGGAAACACAGGGUAGAUAUGAGCCCAGGGGCAAGUAGAUGUUACCUAGUCCAAUGAAAUAGGUUUAUUUUUUUUUGUUCUGGUCUUGUUUCCUUUUUCAGAACAGUGGUCUUGAUAAUUAUUUUAAGGCUCACAAGCUUAAUAACAACAAAAUUAAUCAACUUACUGUCUUCCAAAAAAUAAAUGUAAUUCCAUUGAGGGCCUUCUGUAUAACAGAGAUUUGUUUUGUGUAGUAGAAAAAUUGUAACCAUAUCCUAGUAUAAAACAAGUCUGUGACAUCACAAAACAACCUCCACCUGAUUAAAUUGUGGAUCUUAUUAAGGAAGGGCUUAAAAAACACCCCAGUAUAGUCUAUCUAUCCCCAUAAACCACAGUGAUCCAGAUACAACUUCCCUCUCAAGCAGUCUUUCAAUCAAUUGCCAGAGCUUGGAAGGAUUAAUCAAAGGAAAGUUCACUUCUGUGACUGUUGUACUGCUUCCAUGAGCAUCCACUAGACAUAUCUACAACUGGAGUGCUGGGAAUCCUAUAUUUUAAAUUAGAGAAAAUACAGACAAGUGCAGUGUAAGUUGUUUCAUCCAUCUCCUCAUCUACAAACUUCAGACUCAUGGAAAAAGUACAGUAAUUCAAACUGUUUAUUAAUUGGUAAAUUUUCUAACAGGAUUAAUUAUUAACUGGAUGCGUCUCUAUCCCAGAAACAAAAGAUUGUCAGUUUUCUUACUGAAACUAAGCAUGGAACCCAGCAUGGUAAUUUUUUCAUGCUUUUAACAAAAACUUUUUCCUACAAGCUGGGCUUGAUCUAUCCUGAAAUAUUGAUUUACACAGAGAUUUUUGUUAAUUAUUUGUUAGUAUUUCAUAACAAUAAAUUUUUUUGUAUUCCUCAGAAAAUAGAUUGUUUUUAUAGAAAGACGGAAAAAAACCUGACUUUAAAGAUAUUUUAUAGUUUAGUGAGUUUUUCAAGGGGUGUUGGAGUAACUUAGAGUUGUAGAAUACUUUUAAUGCAGUCUCAUUCCCUAAAAUGUAAAGGGAUGUUUAUAUCAUGUAUAGAGACCUUAGUAAGUAUUCCUUGGCCUAUUAGGAGUGAAAAUUUUCUGUGGAUGUUAAAGGCUUUCUCAUUGUUAAUGGGUUUGGUAUUUCAUUCUGUGGGAUUGUUUUAUGUUGUGAAUGGAAGGGCGACACGGCAAAGAAUCUGCCAGCUGAAAUUGUUCUGGGGAUCUUUCUGUUAGAUCUGUAUGCUGUACUGAUUUUCAACAAAGUGUUCUCACAAAAUACAUGUAUGUCCUGAGAUGAGCAUACAAUAGCCAAUAUGAAUAACAAUAGCAAAACUAGAUGCUGUUCACCACGAUGCUGUGAUUGAAAAUGAGAUAUUUAUUUUUAUUCUUUGGUACUUUAAAGUAAAGAUAUUUCAUCGCUCUAUUUUGUGAUGCUUUGAUUUCAGUAUAACAUGGAAAUUAUACUAAUGUUAGAAUGCAAAAGUACUACCAGUAUCAUAUUUGGGUGUAAACAUUCUAUGUGAAGUAUUUGCCUGUACUUACAUUAUUAGAAGGUUUUAGAUUGGUGUAAAAAGCUGAAAGACAUUUGGCAAUAAUAAUAAUUUAAGGUGGGAAUAAAUAUAAUCUCCCUGUGUGUCUGGGGAGCAGCUGACUGUACUGCUCUGCACUUCAAAAGUCUGACCAUUCUAUUCUGCUCAGCAGGAAAGUUUAAAGAAAGGAGCUCGUAUAUGACAUCAGAAUAUUUUGCUUUCUUUUGAGAUAUAGCAUCGCAGUUGCAGUGCAUAGUUAUAGAAAGUUAUGAAUCACAUCUGUUGGAGUCUUAGUAAAAUAAUAAUGAAAAAUAG